AAGAAGAAGCAGCAGCAGCAGCAGAAGAAGCAGCAGCAUCAUUAGCAGCCCAGUCCUCUUCCACCAGCUCCAGCAAACGCCUUGGAGAGCCGAGAGAGCUGCCAUACAGGCUGUUUUGUGUUGGUGUUAUUCCACCGAGCACAGCACUGGGGGACAAUAAAGCUGCUUUCCCAGGGAGUGUAUUUCAUGGGGAUGUGUUCAAGGCAAGAGAGGAUUCAGAAGGAUAUCGACAUUGUCAUCCAAAAGUGCAAGGCGGAGAAGGACUGCCUGUUUUCAGAUUUCAAAUACUCGGACUCCACUUUCACCUUUACCUUCCUCGGUGGCACCAAAAGUGUUGCAUAUUCAGUACAUGUCUCUGAGGAUUAUCCAGAUAAUACAUAUGUAUCAAGCUCAGAAAAUGAUGAAGAUGUGUUAGUUACAACAGAACCCAUCCCCAUCAUCUUCCACAGGAUUACAGAGCUGAGGAAAUCCAAUGACAUUACCAGCUGCUUGUCCAUAAAAUCUAAACUGCAGAAAGAAAAUGGAGAGGAGUCUCGACAUGGCAGUGCAGUGGAAGAGGAUUCUGAAGGCGACAAUGAUUCUGAAGAGUUUUAUUACGGAGGACAGGUGAGUUAUGAUGGAGAACUACAUAAGCACCCACAGCUGGAAGCUGACCUGGCGGCAGUGAGAGAAAUCUAUGGGCCCACCGCUGUAUCUCUCAGGGAAUAUGGAGCAAUUGAUGAUGUGGAUAUCGAUUUGCAUAUUGAUGUUACCUUCCUUGAUGAAGAAAUUGCUGUAGCGUGGGAUGUGAUCCGCACAGAGCCGAUUGUAGUUCGCCUCCACUGUUCUCUCACACAGUAUUUAAAUGGCCCAGUGCCAACAGUCGACGUCUUUCAGAUAUCUACAAAGGAAAAGUUCGGUUUGGGACACCAGUUGAAAAAGAUCAUGCAGACGUUUGUAAUGCAGCAAUGGAAACAGAGCAAAGAAAAGUUGAUUUGUUCGCACAAGAAGAUGUCGGAGAAGAAGGUGAAGUCUCCACUGCACAUUUUUUCUACACUGCGCAGGUCGCCAAGUUAUCCCCCUCCUGGAUGUGGUAAAAGCAAAGUGAAGCUGAAAUCUGAGCAGGACGGUAUCUCUAAAACCCACAAACUCCUGAGAAGGACUUGUUCUAGCACAGUGAAACCUGAAGACAUGUGUAACCCAAAAUCUCACAGGAACUUUGGCCGGUCGCUGUCCAGUGACCCCAGGGCGGAGCAGCCGAUGGGCUUGAAACCACACAAACUUUUGAACCGCCAGUGUUCUACAGCCAUUAAGCAGGAGGAAUGCAUCCCCCUGAAACAACAUAAACUCUUAACUCGUUCUUGUUCUGGGGACCCCAGAUGUGAGCACAACAGCACCUUGAAGCCGCAUAAACUUUUAAGCAGGUCUUAUUCUAGUAAUCUUCGUAUGGAAGAGUUAGAUGGACUCAAGAACCACAAACUACUCAGCAAGACCUGUUCCAGUGCCCCUAAAUCAUCCAAAAUGGACCUUUUGAAAGAACCUAUCGCAGAGGGCAGGAGGCUCUCUCUUACCUCAGGGCUGAUUGGUAUAUUAACGCCAGCUGCAUCAUCACAACCUGCUCCUACCAAUAAUGCAAAAAGCAUGCCAGCACGAGCGCAUGGAUUUCUCGUCCAGACAAUAGAGUUUGCAGAGCAAAGAAUACCUGUGCUCAACGAGUACUGUGUGGUUUGUGAUGAGCCCCAUGUUUUUCAAAAUGGACCAAUGCUGAGGCCCACAGUGUGUGAAAGAGAGCUGUGUGUAUUCGCUUUUCAGACAUUAGGUGUAAUGAAUGAAGCCGCAGAUGAAAUCGCCACAGGUGCUCAGGUUGUAGAUCUGCUAGUAUCAAUGUGUCGGUCUGCUUUGGAAUCUCCAAGAAAAGUUGUUAUUUUUGAGCCAUAUCCUUCGGUGGUAGACCCCAAUGAUUCUCAGGCCCUGGCCUUUAAUCCCAGAAAAAAGAAUUACGACAGAGUUCAGAAGGCAUUAGACAGCAUCGCUUCCAUCAGAGAGAUGACUCAAGCACCUUAUUUGGAAAUCAAGAAGCAGAUGGAUAAGCAAGAUCCUCUGGCCCACCCUUUGCUGCAAUGGGUGAUUUCAAGUAAUAGAUCUCAUAUUGUGAAAUUGCCAGUUAACAGGCAACUGAAAUUUAUGCACACCCCUCACCAGUUCCUACUUCUCAGCAGUCCACCAGCCAAAGAAGCGAAUUUCAGAACUGCUAAAAAACUCUUCGGGAGCACAUUUGCAUUUCAUGGCUCGCACAUUGAAAACUGGCACUCCAUCCUGAGGAACGGAUUAGUAGUAGCUUCCAAUACAAAACUUCAGCUUCAUGGUGCCAUGUAUGGAAGUGGAAUAUAUCUCAGCCCUUUAGCAAGCAUUUCGUUUGGUUACUCAGGGAUGAACAAGAAGCAGCAGAAAGUAUCAGCCAAGGACGACCCGCCAUCGGGCAGUAAAAGCAGUAGUGCAACACAGUCACAGAAAAAAGGACAACAAUCCCAAUUUUUGCAAAGCCGUAACUUGAAAUGUAUAGCCUUAUGUGAAGUGAUUACUUCACAAGAAUUGCACAAACAUGGGGAGAUCUGGGUCGUUCCCACUACCGAUCAUGUCUGUACACGGUUCUUUUUUGUCUACGAAGAUGGUCAAGUAGGCGAUACAAGCAUCAACACACAAGAACCUAGUAGCUAUAAAGAGAUUCUUCGAGUCAUCGGUAACCAAACAGCUACUGGAUAAAAUUCAGCAUUCAUUGAAUGUGGGGGCUUCAUCAGUAUCAAAGCUGGACUUUGUACUGACGUAUAUAUUAGGAUUCUAUUUAUUAUUACUCUUUAUUGUUAUAUCACACGGACGUAUGAAUUUAAAA